GGUAUUCUACUUUAACGUUAUUGCCUUUUUCUGCAGUCAUGAAGUCUUUCCUUUCUCUCUUUGCAUUCUUCCUCUCACUUCUCUUGUUUGCUAACACCAUAGCAGCAAGAACGGACCCUGGGGAAUAUUGGAGAGCUAUAAUGAAAGAUGAACCCAUGCCGGAAGCAAUCGAAGGCCUUCUCCGCAUCGAUGCAGCUGCCUCAUCUUUCUCUGAUGAAAAACCCAACUGUCAUGAUGCUGAUCAGAGCUUUGAGCCUCAGAAAGAGAAGACUUUUGUUAAGGAUUUUGAGCCAGGACAUGGUGCUACGGCUUAUGACAAUGACAUUAAGCCAGCAGAAGAGAAAUCAUUCGUUAAGGAUUUCAACCCAAGGUCUACUGGAGAAAAGUCAUCAUUUGCUAACGAUUUCGAACAGAGGCCCAGUGCUACUGCUCACACUGACGAUGUUGGCCUUAAAGAGAAGAAAUUGUCAUCAUUUGCUAAAAGCUUUGAACCCAAACCAAGUGCUACAGCUUAUACUGAUGAUGUUGGUUCUAAAGAGAAGUUGUCAAUUGCUAAUGAUUUCGAACCAAGGCCAAGCGUUACUACUUACACUGACAAUGUCGACCUUAAAGAAGAGAAGUUGGCAUUUGUUAAUGAUUUUGAACCGAGACCAAGUGCUACUGCUUACACCGACGAUGUUGGCCUUAGAGAAAAGAAGCUGUCAUUUGCUAAUGAUUUCGAGCCGAGGCCAGGUGUUACUGCUUACACAGACGAUGUUGGUCUUAAAGAAAAGAAGUUGGCAUUUGCUAAAGAUUUCGAGCCGAGGCCAAGUGUUACUACUUACGUUGACGAUGUUGGCCUUAAAGAAAAGAAGUUAUUUGCAAAUGAUUUCGAGCCGAGGCCAAGUGUUAGUGCUUACACUGACGAUGUUGGCCUUAAAAAAAAGAAGUUGGCAUUUGCUAAUGAUUUCGAGCCGAGGCCAAGUGUUUCUGCUUACACCGACGAUGUUGGCCUAAAAAAAAAGGAGUUGUCAUUUGCUAAUGAUUUCAAGCCGAGGCCAAGUGUUAGUGCUUACACUGACAAUGUUGACCUUAAAAAAAAGAAACAAUUUGUCAGUGAUUUUUAACCAAGGCAAGAAAGCAAGCGUUUACCAGGGUUGAAAAGAUUGCUUUCAUGCAGGAAUUGCCUCUUUAAUUAGUAUCUUCGACUAUUUCUGUAGUAUGAAGCUGUACCUCGUACGUGAAGGUGUGUCUGUCUGUUUGAGAAUAAAGAAUUGUGUUAUGUGAGUGUAUUAGGAUCAGGUCAACUAUUGUCAAAAAGUUAAGGUA